GCUCGCAGCCCGCGUCCGGCACGGCCACGCCGCGGGCGGGAUUGGCCUUCGCCACGCAGGGCGGCGCCUGCGGGGGCACCGCGCCGGGCCUGCUCUUCCAGCAGAUGCUGCGCGGCGCCGCGGCGCCAACGGGGCCUGAGGGCGCCGCGCGGGGCGGAGGCCUGGGCCUGGCGCCAGCGGGCAAGUGUGCCGCUGGCGCGGACGCCGCCGCGGACGCCGCCGCGGCGCCGCCGUGGCUGGACCGGAGGGACGACGGGGCAUAUGCCAGCGCGCUGCGGGACGAGUGCAUGCAGUUCAUCCGCACGGAGCUCAAGGCGGCACUGGAGGUCAUGCGGACCGAGUGCUCCGCCGUGGUGGCGUCGGCCACGAGCGCGACGGCGGACGACGGCUGGCGGAUGCUCAUGAGCCAGCGGAUGGCAGAGCUCGAGGCCAGGAUGGACUCCGUGGAGAGCCCGGCAGAGUCGCCCACAGGUGCGCGAGGACAGAAUGCCCCUGGGCGCUGGGAGGAGAGUGCCGCCGCACCGGCGACUUGGGCUGGCGCCGCCAAGUGCCGCGCCAGCACGGGCGGCACCUCGGUCGAGGUCGCCCCGCCGGCACGACCUUGCGGCGCGCCCGCGGCGGAGAGGGCCCGGCCGAGGACGGCGCCGGCGGCACGAGCGUCAGCACGGUCGCGGUGCCCGACGAGCCGCGCGGGGCGGCCGCCUCCGGCGGCGGCAGCACAUCGGCAGCGUCGUGGCGUGGAACCCCGAUGCCCAGCCCCUCAGCGCGCGGGGCGCCUCGCCGCAGGGCUCCACGCGCGCCGCGGCUGCGCAGGCCCGCGCCUCCCUGGUGGCGAUCUCGCCCCCGGCGGCGGCGCAGCCUCGGCAGGCGGCCUCGCUGGCGCUGGCCGGCACGAUGUCCGCAAGGCAGCUGGGCUGCGCGUGUCCCUCCUCCACGGCGGUCGGCCAGAUGGUGAGCGCAGGAAGCCAGCCGUCCCUGCACGCGCACCGCCCGAGCGUGACCGGCAUGUUCCUGCAGCCGGUAUCGAGCCCGACGCCCCCGGCCGGAGCCCGCCCUCCGGCGCCAGGCCCUGCAGUCAGGACGGCGCCGCAGCUCAGCCCCUCGCGCUCCCGCGCCGGCCUCGCGCGCGCGGAGGUGACGCAGACGCCCCCGGUGACCUCAAGGCAGGCGCUGCUUGGCAGCCCCCGCGUGCACGCGGAGCGCGACGUGCUGUUGGCCUCGUCAUUCGUAACGCGGCCCCCGCAGGCCCCCACGACAGUGGCUACAUUCACCGCCAGCGGGCAGCGGCUGGUCCUGGUGCCUGGCCGCUUCACGCCCUCGAAGACGGCGGGCUCGAGCUCUGCUGCGUCUUGA